GGCGGCGGGCGGCCAUGUCGCGGCUCUGGAGCUGGCGGCGCCUCACCGCCCCGGCCCGCCCGCAGGUCUGUGCGCGGCGAAAGGCUGUUUUAUUUUAUUUUUGUGCCUUGCGGUUGGAAUUUUGUGCUUGUCUUCCAGCCGGGGGUUGGCGCUGAGAGCGCUGGGCGAAGGUGCAGCGAGCCCCUCUCGCAGCUGGCUCGGGAGCGGGGUGCCCCUGGUUGUGCCCCAGAGCCGUGGGUCCAGCACGGGGCUCGCUGCUGGGUUGCCUUAGGUACCUCUGUCCUCCCACCCCAAACCUGCUCCCUGCGGCAGGUGGGAGACAGUGUGUGCCUCCUCAUCACCCAGCUCCUGCGUCACCGGCUGCAGCUCGCUCUGGUUGCCCUACCACCGAGGGAAGAUGCUCCACAGUUGUACGCCCUGUCUGGGGUGCGGGUGUUACGUUGAAACCCCGGUGACGAGUCAGGACUGUCUGCUUCUCGGAGAAAUGAAUAUGGGGCAGAAAAUCCUUUGGACAUGCUGGUCAGCCUGGUUGUGACAAAACGCUGAUACCAGCUUUCUUACUUGGUGGUUGCAGGGGACUAACUCAGCAAGUCUCUGUUCAGCCCCCAGGGGCUGGGUGUUUGCAUUCUCCCAGCGUGUUCUCCAAUCACUAUGAUUGGCAGUAAUUGCCAAAUGAAUGCUCAUUACUUAAUCAUUUCUAAGUGAAAUUUCUCCAGUCAGUCAGAAGCAGUUGGAGAAACGUGUUUCAAAAGAAAUCUAUUUCUUAUAACAACCGUACUGUCUUGUGUGACAGCCCCACUGAUGUUUGUCCUCUCUCUUGAGGAGAAACCUGGAUGUAGGAAGUUUAAAAAUGAAUGUACAUCAAACAUUAGAAAUGUUUUUCUUUCUUUAAAGAGAGUGGAGCAAGCCUCUGAGUAUGCCAUCUCUGAAGCUUUUUCCCUUCAAGAGCCGAGGUAUCCACAAGGGCUGUGUGGUCCUGUGACGAGGUUGGAAACUGUGGAACAGCUGCAAGAUCAUGAUGAGGCCUGUAAGGAAGCCCGAGAGCUGCUCAGUAGCUGGAUGAAGUCCAAACUGCAACUGGAGCUGAUGAGCGAUGGAGAAGCCAAAGUUGGCUCUGUCCUCCCGGGAAAUCCUUCUACAGCCAUUCCGAAGUACGAGCGGUUUGAUGACUUGUGCAGCUCUCUGGAACAUGAAUUGGAAAGUUCUUCUGCCCAAGAAUACCUACAGCAUCUUUUGCAGAGCGAAGUUGUGAACUGCAGGAUACUGGAAGACCUUAGGCUUGAAGACACGGAAGGAAGACAAAAACUUGCAGAUCCACGAAUAACCAUGGAGCUCAGACACAAGCAGGUGAAAGAAAAUCGACUGAGGCGUCAGAAGGUGUUAGAGCUGCAGAGGCAAGAAAAGUCCCUGAAGAAAUCCAUUCUGUCUGAGGCCAAGCUCCAAAUACAGGAGGAGGACAGAAGGAAGGCCCUGAAGGCCAAGAUGGAGGAGGAGGAGAUCCAGAGGGAAAUGGUGAAGCUGCGAAAGGAAAUGGCUGAGAAGAGGCAAACCAUGGCAGAAGCACGGAGAAUGGAGGGGAAGAGACAAGAAGAAAGCCAGAAUCUGUCAGUGCAGGAGGUAUCUAUUACGGUGUCACCGCCCCUGCACCUGAAGAAAGAAGAGCAAGAAAAGGAGAAACAGAGAAAGGCUCAGGAGCUGCUGAUCAAGAUUCACACCAACAAACAGAGAUGCAUGCAGCGACAUUUCUCUGCUUGGUUCAAACUCAUUCUGGAACACAGAAUUAAAAUGGGGAAAGCCAGAGCCCUUGCUGACUGGAAAUGCCAAAUGAAGGCCCUGCGAGCCUGGAGAAACUAUACUUGGACCCAGAAAGUACAGCAGGAGACACAGCAAUUGGAAGUCCAUCUCCAAGACCAAAACAGGAAAAACCAGCUGUCUGCAGAGCAUAAUCGGCAGCGGCUUCUGCGCUGCUGCUUUCUAGCAUGGCAGCGCUGGAGCCAAGCAGAGACAGAAAAGCGAGAGCUGCAGCUCAAGAGCGAGGAGACAAAGAGGAAGAUGGCACAGCUGCUGGAGGCAGUGUCACUGGGGAAGGGGGCCCUGGACAGGCCACAGGAGGCUAGCAAGCCUAGGACAGCAAAAGUAAACCAGCAUCAAGUUUUGCAGCAAGAGAAGCCAACUGAAACAUGCCUCAUACAGGAAGAACCCGACCAGACCAGAGACCACUCUUGUUGGGAUGCUGCUCACACAUCUCAUUCCAACAGAAAACCCAAGUUUGCCUGGCAGAUCACCCUAAAACAUGCAGCCCUGAAUGCCCAGGACCAGGCUACGUACAGGAAUCGAAUAGCCACUCUCCCCCAGCAGUUUCAGGCACCCAGCCCCAAGACAACCCCUGCUUAUGGUAGUUGUUUUGAGCACCGUUACGCCUUCCAGCAACGUCUGAUUGAGGAGCAGAGGCAGCAGCUUCAGAAACAGCAAGAGCUGAUCCUUGAACUGCAGGAAAAUCAGAGGCUGAGCAGAGCAAAAGGAGAGGCAGCACAAGCCAUGGCAGUAACCCAGGCACUUAACAACUCUGCUUCCCAAACCAGGGAGUUAAAAAUGGAGAGCGGAAGACAAUCCAAAUGCAAUACCACCCCUUUGAGGUCCCAGAACACCAGGGCAGUGAUGCAAGGCAGGAGGCCCUCCACCCAGCUGACCUCAGCUCAUCCCAUACUGAAAGCUAUGGAGGAAAGAGCAAUUCAGCGGGCAGAACGGAGGAGGAAAUUAGAAGAAGCCAAACAACAAAGAGAAGAGGAGAAACUGGCCCAGAUGAAGGCUGAAGAGGAAGCACGUCAGAAGAAGGAGGCAGAGGAAAAGGAAGCUCAGCAGGAAAAAAGACGGGAGGAGAGGAGGCUACAGAAGCUGAAAGAGCUGGAGAAGCAGAGGAGGCUGGAAAGAGAUCAGGAACUCCAGAAAAAGGCCAGAGAUCACUAUGAGAGCGUCCUGCUGAGAAAAUUGGGAAUGGUGCCGUGGAAGAGGCUGAGGGAGCAAGCCAAGGAAAACUUGGUGGUGGCCGAGAAGCACCACUGCCUGGGCCUGCAGAGGAAAUGCCUGAUGGCUUGGCUCCAGCACACCCAGAGCAGCCUUUUGGAGAAGGUGUCUCGGGCUGAGGACUUCCAUUGCCACAUGUUGCUCAGACGAGGCUUCAGGAACUGGCUAAAGUACAAGGAUUAUCUGUCCAGUCUAGAAGAGAGAGCGAAUACCCUCCGUGCAGCCUGCCUCAAGAAGAAGUUCUUCUGGGCAUGGUUUCAUCUGGUCAUGGAGGAAAAAAACACCUUAAGGGAGAAACUGAAGCUUGCUACUGAACAUAGCGACAAGAGACUCAUGCUGAAUGCAUUCAAAGCUUGGAGGCAGUACCCAUUACUGAUGAAAAAGGAAAGGGAGAGGGAGGAAAGGAGGAACCAGCUACGAAGAAGAGUAGCUGAAAUUCUCCCUGACUUCCAAAUGUAACAGAAGAAACUGGCCAGACCAACCCACGUGCAUAUGGAACCUACUUUGAUGGUUUCAUCACUUUGACUUCAGGUUCUUGCCCACAAGGUCCUCCCAGUUUGAGGUCUCCACUGGGAGGUCUGGGCUGGGUGGCAGUGAGCCCUAGGUAACCAAAGGCUAGCCCAGGGUGAGCUUUAGCCCAGGACCCUUUCUUCACGCAGAGCUGCGGCACUGACACUAACCCUCCUCCAUCACAGGAGGCACGGAACUGAAAUGUACCUAUUAAGCAGAAACCUGGUGCUUUUCUGGUGCCAGUACUCUGUAGGGCGACAGCUUGAUGGUAGAGCAAACAGACUUCACUGUCAGCUGAUCCCUGCUAACCCCUACUGUGAACUUGGCCACCCAGAGAACAGCUUCUGGCUAACUGAGCCAGGGAAGCGUGGAUGAGAGAAGGCGAGGGAAGAGCUAUUUAUGCAAAUUGUAUUUACUAACAGUCCAGGUUACAACAUCACAUACAGACAAUCUAAAACCUGGACUCUUACAAGGCACAGUCUAGUCUACUGUGCUGGCCAGUUCACAAGCACAGUGCUUUGAUUUUGGGUACAAGUGGUUAUUCCAAGUUCAUGAUCCUCUGGCUUCACGUCCAUCAUUUAAACAUUUCCCAUGCUGGUCAACUGUAGUAUUUGAAGAUGGAUUGUGCAAGUCUGUCUAGGCCCUUCCACUUGAUCCAACACCUCAAAUAACACCAAAUAUAUAUAUAUAUAUAUUUUUUUUUUAAGUGCUUUUACAUAAGCUCAAACAGAAAAAGAAGGUUUCUCAUAAUUCUUGAGCCUUAACCUGCAGCACAGUGCAGAUAUAGUAAUGCAGGGAAGGUACAGUAUGUCUUCUCUCAGCAAUAGCAUAAGGGAAGAAUCUGGAGUCGCUUCCCCCUCACAAGAUAGGCAAAGUUCUCUCCAAAACGAUUUGG